CCCCGCGUCGUCUGCCCCGCAAGGUGGGGCUCCCUUGGCCCGGGGCGAGGGGCGCCGGCGCCGGGACCGGCCGCGAUGAACCCCUUCGAAGAGGCGUCCUCCCUGGACGGCUUGGACCUCCCGCUGGCGCUGCACGAGUCCGCGGAGAUCGACACGGCCCUCCUGAGCGACAUUGACGAUAUGCUCCAGUUGAUCACCACUGAAGGCAAUGACUUCCCUGAUCUUCUGGAUGCCUCCUUUGGCUCUCAAGCUCCUCCUGAUCCGAACCCCCAUGGGCCCAGCCUCUUCAGUAACUACUUGGGGGCAAACGCCCCCUCUUCCAUGAGCUUGUUCCAGCUUCCAGCCACAUCUCCACCCAGCUUCCAGACACUUCCGACAGCUUGCCUGAACAUGCAGCCAACUCCGACGGAUGUCAAAGAGGAACCCCUGGCCUCCACGCUCAGCUCACCUCAAAGCCAGCUGCCGGCAGCCAGGAUGCCCUCUCCAAAUUUUGUUCCAGCUGCCCAGACACCUUACUCCACCCAGCCAUUGAUGGAUUUCCCAAGCCCAAAUGGUAUUCCUGCUCCCCAGCCAGGAGGGCCCCCCCAGCCGCCCCCACUCGUCCCCACCAAGCCCCAGCAGAUGCAGCUGGCACCAAAGCAAACGCCAUUCCAGAACAUCACCCCCCAGCAGCUUCUGGCCGCCAGCAGCCCCCAGGUGGUCCAGCAAGUGCCGGUCCUUCUGCAGCCUCACUUCAUCAAGGCCGACUCCCUCCUCCUGACCACGGUCUCCGGAGCCAAAACACCCUGCACCAGCUCGGUGGUCUCCUCGACACCCCUGCAGAUGCCGACCCUGGUGGGCGGGGGUACCAUCCUGGCAACAGUGCCGCUGAUGGUGGACACCGACAAGCUGCCCAUCAACCGCCUGACUGCCGGGAAGCCAGUGGUUAGCCAGCACAAGGGCGAGAAGCGCACUGCCCACAAUGCUAUUGAGAAACGCUAUCGUUCCUCCAUCAAUGACAAGAUUGCUGAGCUGAAGGUCCUGGUGGUGGGGACAGAAGCCAAGCUGAACAAGUCGGCCAUCUUGCGCAAAGCCAUUGACUACAUCCGCUUCCUGAAGCAGACCAAUCAGAAGCUGAAAGGGGAGAACAUGGCCCUUAAAAUGGCAGCCCAGAAGAACCAGUCCCUGAAAGACUUGGUGGCCACGUGUGGUGGAAACAUGGAGGAUCCGACAGAAGGAAUGAAGAUGAUGGGGUCAGAUGUCCUGACGCCUCCACCCUCAGAUGCCGGUUCCCCUUCACACAGCAGUCUGCUCUCAUUCAGCGGCACCAGUGGGACCGAUUCAGAGCCAGACAGCCCUUCGUGCGAGGAGGCCAAGGUGAAACCCGAAUGCCAAGCAGCUCCGCCCGGCAGCCUGGGAAUGCUGGACAGAUCCCGCAUGGCCCUCUGUGCGUUUGUCUUCCUCUGCCUCUCUUUCAACCCGCUUUCUUCCCUGCUUGGAGGAUUGGGCCCCAGAAGUACUUCAGAGGUUUCCAGUCAGAGUGGUCCCGAACGCAGCAUCCUGGCCAUGAACGAGGCAGCAAACCCUCCCAUUCCUCAGUACCAGUGGCUUUUCCCCACCUUGAUCUUCUGGAUGAUCAACCUGCUGAUCGUCUUUGCCGCCUUCGUCCGGCUUUUCAUUUACGGCGAGCCCGUCACACGACCGCACUCGGAGUCCUCAAUCCUCUUCUGGAGGCACCGCAAGCAGGCAGACCUCGACUUGGCUCGGGGGGAUUUCGCACAAGCGUCCCAGAACUUGUGGACAGCACUCAAAGCCCUUGGACGGCCCCUUCCGACUUCCAACCUGGACCUCGCCUGCAGCCUCUUGUGGAACUUGAUCCGGCACAUCCUCCAGCGACUCUGGGUAGGGCGUUGGCUGGCCAGCCGGGCUGGCGGCUUUUUCCGAGAUCGGGAGCUCAAGGCUGACGUGCGCAAGAGCGCCUGUGACGCAGCCCUGGUCUACCACCGGCUGCACCAGCUUCACAUGACAGGAAAGCACCUUGCAGGCCACCUCUCCGCCAUCAACAUGGCACUGAGCGCAGUCAACUUGGCCGAGUGCGCUGGGGACGCCAUCUCGGUGGCCACGCUGGCCGAAGUCUACGUGGCUGCUGCGCUGCGGGUGAAGACCAGCCUCCACCGGUGUUGCCACUUCUUAGCGCGCUUCUUCCUCAGCAGCGCCCGACAAGUGCUGCUAUCCCACAGCGGGACGGUUCCUCCCGCACUGCAAUGGCUCUGCCACCCCGUGGGCCACCGGUUCUUCGUGGAUGGCGACUGGGCCGUGAAAAGCUCUCCGCGGGAGAGCAUCUACAGUUCCACCAGCCACCCAGCAAACCCGCUGGCUCAGGUGACUCAGCUUUUCCGAGAACAUCUGCUCGAGAAAGCUCUUUCUUGCGUGUCCAGGCUGGACAGCCCAGCUCCUGCCAGCCACAGCGAGGGGGAAUUUUCGGAUGCUUUGGAGUACCUGCAUUUCCUCAACAGCUGUGCAGACGCUGUUCCCAACCCGUCUCCCGCCAUCAGCACCAACAUGGACUCGGCCACAGGCACCGAUCCUGUUUCUCACUGGUGGGCCUCUGUGGUCGCCAUGGCAAUCCACGGGCUGCAGGCGGAUGAGGAGGCCAUGGAGCGCUUGUACCCUCUGGUGGAAUUCAUGCCACGCGCACUCCAGGGCUCUGAGAACCCCCUUCCCCACGCAGCGCUGCACACUUCCAAGGCAGCCCGGAUGUUGGGCAAAGAGGACACCAGCCUGGGCCAGUGUGAUAAAGCUGGCAAAUAUCUGCGUGACAGUUUGGGUGGCAACGCAGCUCCAAGUGCCAUUGACCGAGCAGUGCAGUUCCUCUUGUGCGACCUGCUCCUGAUCACCCGCACCAGGUUCUGGCAGCAGCAGAUGCAAGGGAGCACCCCCCACAGAGCCCGCUACCAAGCCUCUGCCCUUCAGCUGCGUGGCUUUCAGCAGGACCUCAGCACUCUCCGCCGCCUGGCGCAAGCAGACCAGCCUGCAAUGCACAGGGUCUUCCUCCAUGAGGCGACUGCCCGACUGAUGACCCGAGCCAGCCCCACUCGGACCCACCAGUUGCUUGACCGAAGCCUCCGCCGGAGAGGUCCUUCUAGUACCAAAGGAGCUGGUGAACAAGAGAGCCACCCCACCGCCCGGGAGCAAGCGGAGGCCUUGCUACUGGCCUGCUCCUACCUCCCCCCUGUGCUGCUUUUGGGGCCAGGCCAAAGGGGGGGCAUGUUGGCUGAGGCCGCCCGCUCCCUGGAGAAGCUGGGAGACAAAUGGACACUCCACGAGUGCCAGCAAAUGAUUGUCCGGCUCAGCAGCGGCUCCACCGUCACCUCCAGCUAGAGAGGUGGUCCUGAAGAUUUCUGGGAAGGAGAGCAGAGGCCAGGAGUGGACCCCCAGGGGUGGCUUGUGGCACUGCUUGUGAAUUGUCGGAAGGGAGGCCCGGGAGAGCCUUGCAGCCUUGAUUCUCUCUUUCAUGCUCUCUGCUGAGGCGGGUCUGGAUCCCCAACGAUGCUGUGUUAUCUCUCGCCUUCUUCUGUGUCUGGACCUAGAUGGCACUUAGCCGAGAAGGGACAAUCCAGUGUGGCAGAAUUGGGUGGAACUGGCUGGCGCCUGCUCUUCCCAGGGAAGGGUGUCUUGUGAGCCUCUUGGAUGUUAGAGUCCCAACGAGCAGGGUGCCUUUGGCAGGCAGGGUGGCUUCCUUUUGCCCUCACCAUUCUGGAGACUAGCCGGCCCUCAGCUUCUUGCAUCAUCUGUCCAGCAGCUGAUGACUUUGCCCUCAGCUCUCUCACGGCCAACUCCGUUCCUCCCCAAGCUGCUUGACUUCCUCCCCCUCUUCGCUGGCAGUCCGUCAUCAAUCACUUGUGAACCUUAUUGGCGGGGGCCCACCAUGGCAGGGAGUCCAUCUGGCCAGUUGCGAAUUACUUUGAGUUGCUCAGUUGGCGGUUGGCUGGCCUCUGUGCAUUAAUGUGGGAGGGGGCGCAGUUUCCUUGAAAGGACUUGUCCUUUGGCUCAUCUGAUUGCUUUUCCUUGGCAGCAGGUGGAACUGGCGACAAGGUUGACCCACAGAAGAGAAGGGGGGGCUCUUAGAGGGCUGUAAGAGUGUGACAGAGUGAGAUGGCUCCCUUAGCAGAAUUUGAGUGUGAGAGAAGGAGGCUGGGGCUCAUGGAUUUCAUUUCUCCCCAUCCCUUGAAGGCAUGGAAUUAAUUCACCUGUGUCUUCUGGUUGCCUUGUCACCACCUCGGAUGACCCUUCAAGUUAUGGUGGACACAGUCCUUGUGACUGAGUAAAACUCUCAGCUGUCCCUGUUGCUAGGGUUGGAAAGCUGUUGGCCAGGCGGGGGACAAUAUUUUCCCUUGUCUUAGUGAUGGACUCAGGUGGAAAAGAAGUUCACCUUUCUUGUUGAAAAGAAAAAAAUGGCAAAGGACAUGAAAUUGUGAAAAGGCCUGCUUAAUAGGAUUUAAUUUUUUUUUUUAUGGAAGUUCUAGAAGGGAAGCAGAAGGGGGUCAGACUGAUUUUAGAUACCUCUUCUGUUCCACCCAUUGAGAUAUCUGUUGAAAGCUACAGCUGCUUUUCUUGUAAGCUAACCUUCUCUCCCCUCCCACCCUGAAUUGCAGUUUGGGGCCCCAUCAUAUUGGUUGAUAGGAAGACCAUUGGUGGGUCGGGGUUAGGUUGAUGGAGGGGUGGGGUCGAAUUAUUAUUUCUGCCACUGCCCAUAAUUUUCAGGAGGUAACGCAUCUGCCUUAGCUCUUCCCAACUUGCACCGCUGCUCAGCCACGGUUCUUCCUUUCAAAUUUAUUUUCAUAGUAUGAGGGGAGGGGUUUUUGUACAGAAGAUAAAAUAAAAAAGCUACUUAUUUA